CACAGACAUCGUCACUGUUGUGUUGUUCUUGAUGUUUCUCUCUUCUUGUGUUCAGAUGCCUGUGAUCUCACACUGGAUCCAAACACAGCACACACUGAACUAAUUCUGUCUGAUGAGAACAGGAAGAUCACACGUGUGGAAGAUCAUCAGCCGUAUCCUGAUCAUCCAGAGAGAUUUGAUGAUGUUCCUCAGGUUCUGAGUGUUGAGAGUCUGACUGGACGCUGUUACUGGGAGGCUGAAUGGAGCGGAGAUUAUGCUGAAAUAUCAGUGUCAUAUAAAGGAAUCAGCAGGAAAGUAGGGAGUGACUGUAUGUUUGGAUUCAGUGACAAAUCCUGGAGUCUGUGGUGCACUGAUCACAGUUUCUCUGUCCGUCACAAUAAUAACAGAACUGAUAUACCCACCGUCCGUUCAUCCUCUAAUAGAGUAGGAGUGUAUGUGGACGUGUCGGCCGGCUCUCUGUCCUUCUACAGCGUCUCUGACACACACACACUCACACACUUACACACAUUCAUCACCACAUUCACCGAACCCCUCUACGCUGGAUUUACAGUUUAUUAUGAUUCCUCAUUGUCUCUGUGUCUCAUGGAGUAG